CAACAGCAGCACCAUGAGGCAGGAGGAACAUCAUCCCAAUAACACACUCAUGAGCACCAGCUUUGCUGCUAUCUACAGCCACCAAAGCGGAGACUUUACAUCUUACCAGAACUUCACUUUUCCCUUCAACUUCAGCUACAGUGACUAUGAUCUGCCCUUGGACAACGAUGACAAUGUCACCAAGACGCGCACUUUCUUUGCUGCCAGGAUUGUCAUCGGUGUGGCGCUGGUUGGUAUCAUGCUGGUCUGUGGCAUUGGCAACUUCAUCUUCAUUGCCGCCCUGGCCCGCUAUAAGAAGCUCCGCAAUCUCACAAACCUUCUCAUUGCAAACCUGGCCAUCUCUGACUUCCUUGUGGCCAUCGUCUGCUGUCCUUUUGAGAUGGACUACUAUGUGGUGCGACAGCUGUCCUGGGAACAUGGCCAUGUGCUCUGUGCGUCCGUCAACUACUUGCGCACUGUCUCUCUCUACGUCUCUACCAAUGCACUUUUGGCUAUUGCUGUGGACAGGUACCUUGCUAUUGUUCAUCCACUGAAACCCCGGAUGAAUUACCAAACAGCGACCUUCCUAAUUGCCGUGGUCUGGAUUGUGUCCCUGAUCAUCGCAAUACCAUCUGCCUAUUUUGCGACCGAAACGGUAUUGUUCAUGAUUAAAAACCAGAAGAAAAUUUUCUGUGGCCAGAUUUGGCCAGUUGACCAGCAAAUAUAUUACAAAUCCUAUUUCCUUUUCAUCUUUGGCAUUGAGUUUGUUGGACCUGUUUUCACAAUGACUCUCUGCUAUGCCCGGAUCUCACGGGAGCUGUGGUUUAAAACUGUGCCAGGCUUUCAGACUGAACAGAUCAGGAAGAGGCUCCGUUGCAGAAGGAAAACUGUGUUGGUGCUCAUGUGCAUUCUGACAGCUUAUGUCGUCUGUUGGGCGCCGUUCUACGGCUUCACAAUCAUCCGCGACUUUUUCCCCACUGUGUUUGUGAAGGAGAAGCAUUAUCUGACUGCCUUCUACAUAGUCGAGUGCAUUGCCAUGAGCAACAGCCUGAUCAACACCAUGUGCUUUGUGACAGUCAAGAACAACACAAUGAAGUACUUCAAGAAGAUCAUGCUACUGAGGUGGAGGUCCACCUACCACGGGUCCAAGUCCAGUGUUGACAUGGACAUCAGAACUAGUGCAAUGCCCGUCACAGAGGAGGUGGACUGCAUUAGACUCAAGUAAAUUCUUGCUAGACGUCUCCG